CGUCUUUUUGUUUGACUCUCUUGUUGUUAAUCUGAUUCAAUUUUAUUGUUUCUUUUUCGCUUUUUAAUUACAAUUAUUUUUUUAUAUUGCUGACUAAUUGUUGUUAGAAAUUGUUCUUUUUGUGUGUGUGUCAACUAUUUAGUCUGUAAUUACAAUGACCCUUUUGGAAAACACUAAUGAAUUCAAGUUGGAAUCACCGCCAACCGACUGUAUACAAAACAUUAAAUUUGGAUUAACGUCUUCACAAUUUCUGUUAACCGCUUCUUGGGACACUCAUGUCCGUCUGUAUGAUAUUACUGUAAAUAAAUUGAAAACUCAAUAUAAACAUAAUUCACCAGUUCUCGAUUGUUGUUUCCAAGAUAACAAUCAUGCCUGGAGUGGUGGUUUCGAUCAACAAGUCAAGAUCUUUGACUUAGCUGCCGGUGUUGAAACUGUUGCUGGUUCUCAUAAUGGAGCAAUUAGAUGCGUUGAAUAUGCUCCUGAUAUCAAUGUUGUCAUUACUGGAGGUUGGGAUGCUUGUGUCAAACUAUGGGACGCUCGAUCACCGUCACCAUCAGGCUCUUUUGCUCAGCCUGACAAAAUUUACACUAUGGACGUUUGUGGAGAGACAUUAGUGGUUGGAACUGCUGGUCGUCGAGUUCUUGUUUGGGAUCUCAGGAAUAUGUCCUAUGUUCAACAAAGGCGAGAAUCUUCACUAAAAUACCAAACAAGGUACAUAAAAUGCUUCCCAAACAAACAAGGCUACGUUUUAAGCUCAAUUGAGGGUAGAGUGUCCGUUGAAUAUUUUGACCCAGCGCCCGAAGCUCAGAAGAAAAAAUAUGCCUUUAAAUGUCAUAGAAACAAAGAUACGACCACAGGAAUCGAAAACAUUUACCCAGUUAAUGCAAUUUCGUUCCAUAAAGUAUAUAAUACAUUUGCCACCGGUGGUUCAGAUGGUUUCGUCAAUAUUUGGGAUGGUUUCAAUAAGAAAAGACUUUGCCAGUUCCACAAAUACCCGACAAGUAUCAGUUCUCUUGCGUUUUCGCCUGACAACAAUUACCUUGCCAUCGCUUCCUCUUACCUUUUCGAGACAUCAGAUGCCAAAGAUAUUCCAGCGGACAACAUUUUCAUUCGUCGUGUAACCGACCAUGAAACUAAACCCAAGUAAUCACAUCACUAGAUUUCUCUCUCUCCCUCUCUUCCUCCUCUUCCAUAUCAAUCACUCUAAUUACCUUUUUCCAAUUCCUAACAAGAUUUGCUCCCUCAACACUAUUCACCUUUUAUUCUGAUUCAUUGUUUUUCUUGAAUCGGAAACCCAAGUACUCAUUAAGGUUUUUUCAUAAAAAAUCUUAUAAUUGCACUUUAAACACAAUUAAUGUAUCAUUUUUUUACUUGUUGCACAAACUUUAAUCUGAUCACCUCUCAGUAAUUAAGCAACUAAUCAUCACUUUAAUAGCAUUUAGCAUUUUGGUUUACCCAUCAAAUUAACUUAAUCAAAUUCAAUAAAUGAAACUUUACAUUUAUUGUAAUUAAAAAAUGUUACACUGCUGAAAAAAAAACGUUUGAGAAAACAAUAUGUGAUAAUCAAAAGAAUCUUAAUUGUUCAUUUCCACUUUUCAAUCACUAAUUGUUGUGGAAUUAAAAGAAAUAAGCAUUCGCCGGUUGGUCCUCAGUAAAUUGACUAUCCCAUUUAA